AUGCCGUCUCCUGCCUUCCCCGGAAUGUUCCUCGCCUUGGCAGCGGCAAUUCUGCUGCUCUUCGCGUCCGUCUCGCCGCCAGUGUGGGAGCGUGUGUCGUUCCUCAACGUCGACACACCAGCGGGCACCACAGUUUAUGGUGUCUUCGGUCAAUGCUUAAAAGCCGCAACCAAGACGUGUAGUACUCGGUCCAUCGGGUACGACCUCCAGGCAGCGGGGUUGAGCUCUGGGGUCCAGAUGAACCAGACUCUCCUUCACAACCUGUCCAAGACGCUGAUCCUCCACCCAAUCGCCGGAUUCCUGUCAUUCCUGGCUUUCGUCAUGGGUGUCAUUGGCGUCGCAGCUGCUUCGCGCGGCGCAACCGUCAUGAUGGCAAUCUUCAGCUUCCUCGGCGCGAUGGCUGGCCUGGUCGCCUUCGUCAUCGACAUGGUUCUCUGGAACGUUCUCAAGAACCGCGUCGUUGAGGCUGGAUAUCACGCCUCCCUAGGCAUUGCCAACUGGUUCACGGUAGCCGGUGUGGCAGCCAUGAUCCUUGCCAUGUGCGCGUCCUUCUUUGGCGCGUGCGGCCGCUUCGCCACCGGCCGGGCCGCCGGCGAGAAGUACUAA